AUUAUCAAGUCAUUGAUUGAAUUAAAAUUAUGCUUUUUAAAGUAUUAAAGAUGAGAUUUAGAAUAAAUUUAGAUUAAUUUAUCAAAUGUAUACAUUAUAUUCUUAGGGGAGAACAAUAAAUUCUGAAUGUCGAGAUUAAAGCGAGUAAAUCAUAAAGCACAAAUAAAAUCUUAUAAAGAAAGAGAAUUUAGCAAAUGCAAAAACACUGGAAGACGGUUUGGUUUAUAUAGGCGAGAUGGAAAAUGAGGAGAGAAAUGGUUUAGGGAUCCUGAUCUACCCAAAUGGAUCAAUAUUGAAAGGGUAAUAGUAGUUCAUAAUAUUUAGUAAUUGGAUAAAUGGAAGAGCAAAUGGAAUAUGUAGACUUGAAUAUAGUUAGGAUGAAUAGUAAAUGAGUUAUAUAAAUAUAUUUAGUUAUGAGGGAAACAUAGUAAAUAAUAGAUUUUAGGGAUAUGGAGAAUAUAUUAAGAAUAAUACUUUGGUUUAUAAAGGAGAAUGGGAAAAUAAUGAGAAGCAUGGUUAUGGAGAAGAAUAUAUGAAGGAUGGAUCAAUUUAUUGUGGAAAUUUCAGUAGAGGAAUGAGAGAAGGAGAUGGAGUGUACCUGUCAAGUAAUGGAUCAAAGUAUGAAUUUGAAUAAAAAUGAGAUAUUAAGGAUAAUUCAAAUGUAAUAAGAUGGAUGGAGAGGGGAUGAUGUUUUGGAGAGAUGGGAGUUGUUAUUAGGGUCAAUUUUAAAACAAUGAUAUAAAUGGAUAUGGAGUUUAUACUUAUCCAGAUGGGAGUUAUUAUUAGGGAUAUGUAAUAAUUGAAUUGAUGUAGUUUUUGAAUGGAAAAAGGAAUGGACUUGGAAGUUUAAUGAGAUACGAUGGUUUUGAAGUGAAUGGUGAAUGGGAGGACGACAAGUUUUAUAAGAAUUGAAUUUAAUAUUUUGUAUAUACUAUAUAUA